AUGUGGCAUUAGAAAACGUCAAGUGGGUGCCGUUACAAAUACGUAUCAUGUUGUUUACAUGACUAAUGGAAGGGUGACUGACUGCAGAAUCAACUCCACAAUAUUCAUCGUUAUUAAGCAAAAGGAAUGGCAGGGGCCUUCCGCUACAAGAUAUGGGACCCUCCUCUCAUAAUAUCCCAGAUCAUAACAAUGCAGGCUGUUUUCUAUGUUGGUCUUGGGAUCUGGGUGGCCUCACUGGACCUCUUCACUGGCCAUCACCGUUCACUUGACAGUCUGUUCAAAUACCAGGAACUGCAAGUGAAAGAGGUGCAUGGAAGGACAGUAAUGGCAGCCUUCAUCCUCAAUGCUCUCACCAGCUCCCUUGGCCUAUGGAAGGUGGUGCAGAGGACCAAGCAAUGUCUGGACUUCACAGUGACAGCCCACGUGAUCCACCUUUGUGCUAGUUGGUGGUACAAUGGUCACCUGCCAUCCCAACCCUCAGUGUGGCUCCUCAACCUGGUCACCAUCACCCUCAUGUGUGUGUUGGGAGAGUACCUGUGUAUGCGUACAGAGAUGCAACACAUUCCUGUUCUUGGCUCCUCCAAAGUAGAUCUGUGAGUGUGUGUGUGUGUGUAUGUGUGUGUAAAUGUGUCUGUGUGUGAAGAAGAUUUGUAAUGUUUUUGUCAACUUUUUUUUUUAAGUCCUUUGUUUCAACAACUGGAAAGUAGGUACUCAUUUAUUUUGAAUAUAGAAUGUUAUACUUUUAUCAUUCAUCAGUGCAUUUUGUUCUAUUUA